GUGUGUGUGUGUGUGUGUGGGAGAGAGAGAGGGAGAGAGAGAGAGAGGUCAGAACAAGCAGGAGGGGAGCUGUUUUCUCGUGUGUAUUUAUGUGCGCGAGCGUACGGAAGAGAGAGGAGGGCUAUUUUGAAUGCGCGCGCGCGCGACAGAGAGAGAGAGAGAGAGAGAGAGAGAGAGAGAGAGACUGAUACUGUGUUGAAUGUGUCACAGGGAGAGAAAUCAAAUUGGUCUGUGAAAUCUCUUUGACUCCAACACAGUGUUUGUUCUCUGUGUUCACGGGUGAGGGAGGGAGGGAGGAGAAAAGCAAGAAAUCGAGCGAGAGUGACAGCCAGAAGAUUAUAGAGAAUGAGGCGAGGACAAUCACAUUUAUCCACUCGCUCAGGAAACAGAUAAAGACAACUACUGAGUUCUGCCCUGCUUAGUUAUACAGCUGAAUCUAUAAAAGCACACAGAAUUGAGAUCAACUGCAGCGCUGAGGAAACCGAUAACUGUCGCUAAGCUGACUGAAACAGAAACACACACACACACACACACACACACUAUCGUUUCUCUUUUCCGUUUCUUUUUUUCUUUCAGAAGAUUUUUGUGUAUGUCAGGCAGAGCAAUCAAAACGUCCAACUGUGACUGGUUCUUUUCCUCACUAUAAAAGGGCUGUGGGUUGUGAGUAGUAAGAGGACCAUUAGUACACAUUGUGACGAUUCCUGAUACAGCAUAGGAUUUUCAAGAACAUGACAUCACAUGGCAAACUGAGGAAGGAAAGGGGGUGUCUGGCGGAGUAUGAGACGCAGAUCAAAGAGGUGCGUAGUCAGCUUUCAGAACAGAUGAAAGUGUUAGAUGCACAGUUGGAGCAGAAGACCCAGCAGCUCCAGGAUCUUAGUGAUUAUUUACGCCGUCGAGGAGAGAUUGAGUCUGAGUAUGCACGCUCUCUGGAAAAACUCAGCGAGAGGUUCACCCUCAAGACCAAAAAGAAGGACCAUACAGACCAGUCUGUGUCGCAGUGCUGGUCAGUACUGCUAACACAGACCAAGCAGGAGAGUCGGGACCACAGCUCACUCAGUGAGAUCUGCUGCAGCACUUUCACCCAGCGCCUGUCUCACUGCAUCGAAGACACACACCGCCUGGCCAAGAAGAGUAAAGAAGUGGGUCUCCAGAUGCAGGAUGAACUCCUCAAGGUCACAACUGAGCUGCAGACAGCUCUAAAAACUUAUCACCAGUACCACUCCGAAUGUCUUUCUGCUGAGGGCAAACUUAAAGAAGCUGCAAGACUGGAAGAGAAACAGACUAGUAAGGGUUCUGAGCUCAGUGCUGGUCAAUCAGGAGGGCAGAGACGCAGCUCAGUAAAGAAGAUGGAAAGGCUAAUGGAAAAGAGGCAAGGGAAAGUACAAGAGACCCAACUGAAGUGCACUAAAGCUCGCAAUGACUACCUGCUCAACCUCGCCGCAGCCAACGCUGCCAUGAAUAAAUACUAUCUUGAAGACAUCUGCACUCUGAUUGACUGCACAGAUCUCGGCUACCACCUGUCUGUGACACGGGUGAUGCGUGGCUACUUGUCCAAUAGGAACCGGGCACAGCAGAACCUCAAGAAUGGACUGCAGCAGCUUGAAAGCGCGGUGAGUGCUAUGGACCAGGGCCAGGACCGAGAUGCCCUGCUGCAGGCCCAUAACACUGCCUUCUGCCUGCCAUUCCACUUUCAGCACCAGCCACAUGAGGGAGACCAGGUUUGUGAGGUGAGUGCAGACUGUCAGGUGAGGUAUGAGAUGGACACCAGAUACCAGCAGUUGCAAUCCAGGCUGUCUACCGUUACCCUGGAAACAGAGGAGGUCAGUAAAACUCUCAAGGCCACCUAUGCUGCUCUACUGGAGAGUAUCUGUGAUGAUGACUGUAACCCCAACCCUGAUGUCUCAGCUAGCCUAUCACAGGAGAGCACAGGCGAUGGCCCUAACACCAAGCUGAGCUUAACCAAGCGCAGAGCCAAUCAGCAGGAUACAGAAACCUUCUAUUUUAAUAAAGUAAAGGAGCAUUUCAAUGGGAGCUCACUGAUUUGCAAACUCCAGGCCAAACAUGACCUGUUAAAGGAGGCCAUACAGAAAGCUGAGGCAGUUGACAGUGAUCCCUCCAGAAUGCAGUCUGGUAGGUCAGUGCGUGUGCGGAAAGCCAGGCCUUGCUCCCAGUACAACCACAAACUCUUCUCUGGAAACAUGCUGUCCUUCAUCCAGAGCUCCGGGCAGCAGAUUCCCUUAGUGGUGGAAAGCUGUAUUCGCUUCAUCAACCUCCAUGGUCUGCAUCACGAGGGCAUAUUCAGAGUGCCGGGUUCUCAGAGCGAAGUCAAUAACAUCAGAGAUUCAUUUGAAAGAGGGGAAGACCCUUUGACGGACAGCGAGUGUGACAUUGACUCAGUAGCAGGAGUUCUGAAACUGUAUUUCAGAGACCUGGAGAAACCUCUCUUCCCAGAGGAGAGCUUCAGUCAGCUGAUGGAGUGUGUCCAAAUUGAGAACCUUGCAGAGAGUGCAGCACAGAUAAAGCUAGUGGUUUCCUCCUUCCCCAGACCCGUCAUCAUAGUGAUGCGUUAUUUAUUUGCCUUCCUCCAUCAUGUGUCUCAGUACAGUGAUGAGAACAUGAUGCAGCCCUAUAACCUGGCUGUGUGCUUUGGACCCAGUCUGCUGAGAGGUGGGGCUGAGUCGGGCGAUGCGGUAACUCUGCAGCCCCAGAUUAAUGCCCUGGUUAAGACCAUGAUCCACCAGCAUGAGAGCAUCUUCCCUGGCCCUGCUGAGCUUCCAGGCCCUGUCUAUGAGAAAUGCAUGACCUUAGAGCAAGAAUACUGUGAACCUAUUAUAGAGGAGGGUGAAGGAGAGACUGAACAUGCUCCAAGUGAGGAUGAGUGGGAGGCUGUGGCUAUGUUUGAUUAUGUUGCACGGUCUGCAGCCGAGCUGUCAUUCAAGCAGGGGGACCAUGUCCUACUCCACAGCAAGGCCUCUGCUGACUGGUGGAAAGGAGAAGUAGGAGGAGUCAAAGGCCUCAUUCCUCAUAAGUACAUCAGUGUGCCUGAGGGGGCGGUACGAAAGCAGGAGCGAGGGAAGAGGGAGGAGAGCCGAGGCGGCAGCACGGGAAAUCUAGCUGAUGAGCAGCAGCAAGCUGAACACAGCACACGCAUGCGGGUGAACAGUGAUAGUGCAUCACUUCCUGGAAGGCAGCGGGCCGGCAGCGGAGGUGGUGUUGUGGUAGGAGAAGUAGGGGGUAGUGGAAACAUCAGUCCAAUACGCAAAUUCCCCCUUCAGGUACCAGAGGGACGACUCAUCUUCCCAGUUCAAUCAGCGGGAAUGGCCCGGCAAAUCAGUCUACACGAAAGGAGACAUACUUUGGACAGCGUCAGGCCCAUUGGAGGAACAGCAGAGAGGCCGACAGUGCAGUCUAUUGAUAAGGAGGUCACCCGGCAGAUGAACUCAGUAUUCAAAGAACUCCUUUCCCGGCAACCUCCUCAAGAGAGCAAUGUUUCAUCAGCUGUACCCUCUUCCUCCUCCUCCUCCUCCUCCUUAGCAUCCAGUGCACCUUCUCGGCAGUCCGUAAAGAGGGGAGCAGGAAUUGUCCUGCGCACCCGAGGCCUCUUCAGACCCUCCGAGCAGCAGGACUGAUGGAGGAGAGAUGAAAGAAAGAGAGCAGAAAAUGCAUGAAUGGAAGGCAAGGGAAAGAGCUAACACAGCAGAGAUUAAUAUAUUUUUUCUAAAGUAUAAUAUGAUGUUUGUGAGACCUCAGUUCUGAAAAAAAAAAUUGUUUAUGAAAAGUAACUUCGGUUCAUGUAGUGCCAGUGACUCAGCCAGUCAUUCAUAAUGGUAUUGAAAUGACUCACUGGUCAUGCUACUGGUUUUGUUUGUGCUUAACAUAAACGUAUUGGUACGUAACGUAGAAUCUUUUUCUUUCAUUUGUUAUUGCCCCUGUUCCAAUGAUCAUUUAUUAUAGUGGUGUGCAGUCGAGUACCUUAAUUCUUUUUCUUGCAUUCAUGCACUGUUUUUAACAUGCUCUUGCAACAGCACUUCACAUGUGGUACCCAUUGUCUUUAAACACAAUGCAUUGCUUGCUAUUUGGCUUUGUAGCAACCAGUCUGAACUUACCCAGAACUAUUUUUAUUUCUUUUACUAUUUUUCUUUCUUCUGGUCAAUUUCUGGUAUCUUCUACAGUGAGUUGUGUUUACUAAAUCUCUCAAGUCUCAGAGACAUCAUCUCGCAUUCAACUCACAGCUGCUGUUGAUUCCCUUAAGGGGGAAUAAUGUGAAAGUUAAUAAGAACAUGUUAAAUGCCGUUCUGGAAGGCAGCAUUUUAUAGUAGUGUAACUUUCACUGUCAUUGGGAUUUAUUGAUUUCUCUCUACAAACUUUAAAAAUCCACUGCUUUAUUGCAUUAAUGCAAUGCAUUUGUCAUCUAUUACUCAGAGAGGGAACACAGCUAUAAACAUAAAUUUUCAUUCUGGCUGCAACUGGAAUAGACAACUAUUUUUUGAGAAUUAAUAUUUUUAUAGUAAUUAGUUUUUUUUUAAUGAUUAUUUUAGUUUUGGCUUAAUCUUUGCUAUUUAACUUGUUUGCUUAAAUAAUUAAUUGUUUUAUUUUUCAUUUUGUUAGAUGUUUAUAUUCGUUGACCUGACCUUAUUAAACUUUUUUGUUUUCAACUAUUUCUAUAGAAGAGGAGUUGCAUUAAAUCUAAACAGAUCCCUUUCCUUUAAAAACAACCAAAAAAAAACGAAGAAUUCUCUAAAACCCUUUUAGUCUCCAUUUAUUAAAACAAUAUACACUGAAAAUGAUGAAAUAUGCAAUUUAUUCUAGGACUAGGCUCUGCAAAGUAAAAAAAAAACCUUCCUAAGUGGAAAGACCUUAUUUUGGUUUCUCCAUACAUUAGCGUGAUAUUUUCCCCAUAGUCUUUAUGCAAUCAUAUGUGUAAUGUAAAAAAAUUUCAAGUCAAAGAUCGUUGUACAGGAAGUGCAAUAAGUGAGACGUGCACACACGGACACACACAAACACAAAAAGUAGGAAUAGUGCGAUAACCAAAAUAAAUACAACUGCAGUAUGUUGCUUCACUUCACCGCACAAACUUAUCUUUGUCAUGCACAAAACAUCUGCUGGAUAUCUGACAAGACAAGUGUAUAUAACACAUUUGAUAGAUCAGGGGCAGCUAGAGAGUGGGACAGAGAUACAGGAAGAGUCGUAGAGUUAAGAGGACUGACCAAACUGUGAACGAGCGGACGCAACCACAGGUAGUACAGCAGCACAUUCACUUCCUACUAAAGCCCUUUGUACACCUCUCAUAGGUUCCUCCUGCUUUGUACCACUCAGAAGAGGGAGAAAGGUAUUGACUAAAAAGCAGCUUAGCCUGUAAAGCUGCAUACUGCCUUUAAAACACAAGCCAGUCUGACUAGACUUGAUUCAUGUCUGUCAGUUUUUGCUAACUAAAGCAAUGCACAUGAGCUUAAUUGGUCCUUGUGCCACUUUCAACGAGGAUACAAACAUAAAUUAAAAAGCUAAGUAGCUACAGUAAGUGCAUUCCUUACAGGAAGAUUGUUUAUUUGAAGUACCUGCUUCUGGAACCCAAGAUUAGGGAAAAUAUUAGACCAAAGAACCUUCAAAAGCUCAGAUAGUCAGAAGCUAAUGGUUCAAUAGAUUAUACAUAUAUGAACGGAGGGAAAAAAACACCAUGAAAUUUGCGAUAAUAUCAUAUAUAUGGCGCGUUACAAGCUGACCAGGCUUUUAGUCAAUAUCUGCUUCACUUUUCUUCUUUUUGUGCCGCUCACUCCUAUAUCCUUUCUGAAAAAUGUGUUUCAUAAUGUGUUACAUAAUGACAAAUGUGUUACAUAAUGACUUGUUGUUGUAUGACUUGCAAUAUUAUCACAAUAAAAUGAUCGACAUUCUAAAACA